GCCUCCUUGACCAUAGAGGGCAGCAAACUAUCUUCCAAAAUGGCUCUUAAAUUUUGACAGGACGACUCGCUGCCUCCCAGAUCAUUGUUUGUUUACCCUACUAUAACUUAAGAAGAGCGAUAGAGCCAAGGGUUUCCUUUUGUUUUCUCAUUCACGAAUAACGGCCGCUUGAUUUUAAAGAGGCCAAAGCUUUAAGGGAGUGAGAAUUGACGUCGACAACUCACAAAGGGGAACACCGGCAAAAAUAAGAAUGGAGGACUUUUUAUUGCACCAUUUGCAUGAAGCCUCACCAAGUCCCGAAGACCAAGGGGGUUUAGAGGAGGACAUCUUUGCCGACGUGCUUCAAGAAUUGACUCUGGGAUUUUGCUUUGAGAUUCACCGCUCCUGUAAAAUGGGACAACUGUUCCUGGACGAAACGGACGAGCCCAGCCUGAAAUUUUAUGAAAUUGUCAAUGAGCCAGGCAGAGACGUGUUUGGAAAGCCACCGCUGAAGAAGCAGAUUGACUGCAUCUGCCCCCACUGCAACCGGAAUCUCUCGGCUUCGCGUUUCGCUCCGCAUCUGGAAAAAUGCAUGGGUAUGGGAAGGAACAGCAGCAGGCUCGCAAGCAAACGAAUCGCCAACUCGGGCAUGGGCAAGAUGGACAGCGACAACGAAGACGACGAUCGAGACUUGGACUGGUCAUUUGCUUUUGACAAGAAAGUCACUAAGAAGUCCAAGAAAGACAAGGUCAGCAACAACUCACCGAGACGAUCCAAGCCCAAAAUUGGUACCAAAAUGGGCGACUUUCCCUGCGGCGGCAGUUUGCCCUCGGAGUCCAUGGCAGGUUCCAUGACGAGCUACGCCUCCAAGAGUUUCUCCUCCGCCCCUUAUGAGGGACUGUCACUGGAAGAAAGAAAGCGUCUGUUAAUGUCCACCUGUGGAGUCAUCUCGGAACACACCCAUAAGAUGUGCACCAAAUCUCUCCGAUGUCCCCAGCACACUGACGAACAACGACGAAUCAUCAGACGCUAUCUUCUCAGGAUUGAUCCGGAGGGCAGACUGCGAAUGAGACCGGAUGGGAGCCUCGAAGCCGACGAUAUUCAAGUCGAUAUCGACGGUUACGAAGAUGGUGACGGCCAAGCUCUGAGAGAAACCCUCAACAGAAUACAGCAAUGGGAAGGAAACACCUCAUCGGCAAAUCCCUCCCCGGCAGAUUCUACUUCCACGACAAAUUCUCAAGAAAAGAGGCGUAAAAAAGGAAGCGCAAAGCUCACCCAACGAAAAAAGAGCAAAGUCAAGCCUCCAGCAUUACAUGUAGUCUCAUCUGCAGGAUCCACAUCGUCUUUCCUUUCAUCAUGCGCAGACACGCAGUUCCAUAUCCUAGACUAACUCCAUGCUUUAGUAAUAGUACAAGGGCUGUUGCAAGAUUGUUAAGUGCAAAAAUGGGCUUUCAAAUUUGCACAGUAUUUAAAGAUGGUUGUCAUGCAUAGUAACAUUUUCACAACGACAAGAGGGGGAGUCAAGUUUAAAAGGCCCAUGAAUUCAUUUUGUUGCAAUUCAAAAGAAUGAAGUUCUUAACUUCCCCGUUUCUUGCCACUCCAUGAGUUUUUCACAUUUUUGGGGGUCCCUUUUGAUGUUCAUACUUAUGGAAAUAAGGUUAUUCGCAAGCAAAACAGUAAUGUUAUAUCAUGGAGCUAUAGCUCCACGGUUAUAUUAACAGGCUGAAGCUUUAUAAAGUUUGUCUAAAAAUGGUCACCGCAAUUUUUGUUUCUGUUCCAAAGUUAAUUUGUGCUCCUAUGCUGUAUGUUUGUAUAGUGUAUAACAGUUCGUAAACAAGGAAAAAAAAUAUUUAAAAGCCAUCUUGUGAUGAAAAUCUAAAAACUGCAGAGUAAUUGCCUGCAUUGAAAUCACAGCAAGAGCGCCCUUGGGUGUCAGAAAAUGACCAAUCAAAUAGUGAAAAGUAAUUUAUAUAAAAAAUAAAAAAGGGUGUUGAAAAUCAGAGGCAUUGAUAUUUGCAGAGAAUAUGUUUUGAGUAUGCAGUUAAAGGGAAGAUACAACAUUUGCAAACAUCAAAAAAUGAGGUGAUCAAAUUAUCACGAAAUACCUUA